AUGAGUCGGCCAGCGGCUCUCCGCGGCGCUGGCAACCGCAAGCUAACAGCUACCGUCACGGCGGCUCACCUGCGUGGCAUAGCCUUCACGUCCAUCCGCACGUGCCAAGGUGCCAAGGGCGGGUCGCUCGGGCUGCCGCACCCCAGUCCCCCCCUCGCCCUUCCCCGCCGGGGCAGGGGCAGGGGGGCGGCGGUGGUGGUCCGUGCGGCCAUGUUCGACAACCUGAGCAAAUCUCUGGAGAAGGCGCAGCGGCUCAUUGGUGGGUGUGAGGUGCCGGGGGUGGGGGUUGUAGGCAAGAGCGGCACACUGACGGCUGAGAAUAUGAAGGAGCCGCUGAAGGAGGUCCGCCGUGCGCUGCUGGAGGCUGACGUGUCGCUGCCUGUCGUACGGCGGUUCGUUAAGAAGGUCGAGGAGCGGGCGCUUGGAACCAAGGUUAUUGAGGGUGUUACGCCGGAUGUCCAGUUCAUCAAGGUGGUGUCUAACGAGCUGAUCGAGCUGAUGGGGGGAGGGGUCGGGGCCAAGGACCUGGAGCCGGGCUUCCCGCAAAUCAUCCUCAUGGCCGGUUUGCAGGGCGUGGGUAAGACCACUGCCGCGGGCAAGUUGGCCUUGUACUUGAAGAAGGCCAAGAAGAGCUGCCUGCUGGUGGCCACGGACGUGUAUCGCCCCGCCGCCAUUGACCAGCUGGUCAAACUGGGGGCCGCCAUUGACGUGCCCGUGUUCGAGCUGGGAACGCAGGUCAGCGGCAAGCCCAUCAAGUUCGUGGGUGUGGGUGAGAAGAUGGAGGCGCUGGAGCCCUUCUACCCGGAGAGGAUGGCGUCCAGGAUUCUGGGAAUGGGGGAUGUGCUGACGCUGUACGAAAAGGCGGAGGCGGCAAUCAAGGAGGAGGAUGCCAAGGCGGUUAUGGAUCGGUUGAUGGAGGAGAAGUUUGACUUCAACGACUUCCUCAAUCAGUGGAAGAGCAUGAACAACAUGGGCGGCAUGCAGAUCCUCAAGAUGAUGCCCGGGUUCAACAAGGAGCGGUCCAACCCCGAGGUGAUCAUCAAGAGUCUGGCCCGGCGGCGGCGUGUCGCUCAGGACUCCGGUCACAGCGAGGCGGAGGUGGCGAAGCUGAUGACGGCGUACACCGCGAUGAGGACCCAGGUCGGCGGCAUGAGCAAGUUGUUGAAGUUACAAAAGUCGGGGGGGGACCCCUCGCAGGCGGAGAAGCUGCUCAAGGAGCUGGUGGCCAGUGCAGGGAAGAAGGUGGCGCCCGGGAAGCCGCCUGGUGACCCAGCGGGGUCGUUUAUCUCAACCCCCCGCACCCCUCACCCGCCUCCCGGCCCCCUUGGGCCCCGUUCGCAGGUCCGGCGGAAGAAGGAGAAGGAGCCCAUCAGCAAGGCGCGGGGAUUCGGGUCGCCCUCCAACUUCAACCAUGACCUGAGUCCCCCAGGUUCAAGCCCAGCCGCGUACACAUAUACUCUCUCACGCCUGUCGUGUCAGCGGCUGUGUGACGGCGGUGGUUUGUUGGAUGACUGGAACCUGUGGAGGAGGUGA